GAGAGCAAUGGCCGUCAGUCUGGUCCGAGAGUCACCGCGCGACGAGCUGCCGACGCUGCCGCGAGCGAGGAGGUCGACACUGUGGUGCGUGUGGUGUGCUGUAAUAAUAACUUAUUAUAGCACUGGUGGCUGUAUCCUCGUGAAAGUAUCUGGACUCGAGGAUGUUGUGCGCGUUCACGGUCUAGAGCGAUGCCGCUGCUAAGGGCGCGAACAAGCUGUCAGAAGAAGAACGCGAAGAAGAGCUGCAGGGAGAGCUGCAACAUGUAACAUGGCGAUGGUCGCGUCAAACAACAUGAGCGGACACAUGCAGAAGCAGCUCACCAGGAGCCUCGAGCGCAUCCUCGAGGAGGCACAUCUCAGCGGCGAGCUCAAACUCAGCGGCAGAAAGCUCAAGGACUUUCCUAAGGUCGGCAAGAAUGCCGGCACCGUCAAGUACAACCUGCAGGACACUGUACUCGCUGAUCUCUCGAAAAACCGCUUCAUGGAAUUGCCGGAGGAGGUGACGGAGUUCGCCUUUCUGGAGAAGCUGCACCUCUAUCACAAUGCCAUAAGAGUCAUACCGGAAACGGUGGCGAUGCUCCAGUCGCUGAGCUACCUCGACCUCAGCCGGAAUCAACUGACGACACUGCCGCGAGAGAUAUGCCGGCUGCCGCUUCAGACGCUACUGGUGGCCCACAACAGACUGGCCUCGCUGCCGGAGGAAUUGGGCAGGAUGUCGGCCCUGGCCGAGCUGGACGCCGGCUGCAACGAAAUAACGAGUCUGCCCUCGCGAAUGGGCGAUCUUCCCCGGCUGAGAUGCCUCGACCUCAGGAGCAACCUUCUGGUGCACAUACCCAUAGAACUGACGUACCUGAAACUUGUCAAGCUGGACAUUAGCGGGAAUAGGAUAUCCGUCUUACCGAACGAACUCAGGAAGAUGAAGAGCCUCGUAGAGCUCAAACUCUCGGACAACCCACUGACCUCACCACCUGCAGCGCUGUGUAUUCGCGGGCGAACGCACAUCUUCAAGUACUUGGAGAGGCAGGCGGCCAAGCACGAGCGAGCCCGAGGCGGCCGAACGAGACGGGGACCUCUGGAGACGCGAGGCCACGCGACCCUGGACACGAGGUCUCAUCGCCGGCACAACGUCGACAGCGGCUACAGCACCAGCGACGGCCUCGACAAACGCUGGUCACAAGAGAUCAACAGCGCGGCUCACGAGGGCGACGUUCGUAGCACCUGGCGCAAGGAGUGCUCGCCCCUUUCCAUAACUCUGCCGCACGAAGUCGCUGUUAACGGUUCAUGUAGUGGAACCUCGACACCCAGCACCAUAUCCCCCGGAGAAAAUACUUCCCUCGAGGACGAGUUAGGAAAGGCUAUGAUACUUCAAGAUCAGCUGGAGAAGCGGAGGCUGGAGAGAAGCGCGUCGGAGAACGGAGGGGACAUGCGGAAGCCGUUGCUAACGACUCAUCAAACGUCAAUAACGCCGCCAGGUCAGUUGGAAAGCUCGCUACUAGGAACGUCUCAGCAAAGCAACUUGACACAGCCAGUUCAGCCUAUACAGACGACGAAUUCGUUACCUCUCGUUAACGGGGAGGAGAAAAAAUCUCUGAGUCAUAUUCAGACAUACAGAGAAUACAAGGAAGCCUUGAGGCAGCAGAGAGUGAACGAAGGCCCGAGCGUUUAUAGACCAAAGGAACAGAUCACACCACCUGGCAACGAUGCUCACAACGAUGGGACCGACUCGUCUGGUAGUGCUGUCAUGACGGGUAAACAGAUCUUCAAUGAGGAAAAUGCCAACAAGAGGCCAGUGCAAAAAGUUACUCCGUCUCGAAUUAAUUACCAAAACAGCACCAUGGUUAAUGGUAGCAACAACGAAUACAAUAACAAAAAUGGAAAGUAUCUUGAACAAGCUUACAAGAAACCAAGUUCGCCGAUAAAAACGUCCAGCAGUAUUUUAUCCGGGAGUGCAAGCCCUGGUCACGUGCCAAGGCUUGUGAAGACAGCAGUAGGUUACGUGGAAGGUAACAAAAGCCCCAACAGAAACGGCACAAGUCCCAGCUCUCCACGAUCUGUGACCUGGAACACCAAUUUGCCCGAGAAGUACUCUUUUACCAUGAGAAGAGAAUUUGAGCGUGCCAAAGAAGAAGCUGAUCUGAUUGAACAAUUACGAAACCACAUAGAAACAAGAUUGAAAAUGGCUCUUCCAGAAGACUUGGCUCCAGCAUUGACAGACGGCGUGGUUCUUUGUCACUUGGCAAAUCACGUUAGGCCUCGAUCAGUUGCGAGCAUUCAUGUUCCUUCAGCAGCAGUUCCUAAGCUCACAAUGGCCAGGUGUAGGAGAAACGUGGAUAACUUCCUAGAUGCUUGCAGGAAAAUCGGUGUUGAUGAGGAGGUGUUAUUGGAUGCGGAUGCGAUCAUGGACGUGGGUUACAUGGACGCGUACGGGCUGGAGGCUCUUGGUCGGCUCGUGUCGGCACUAAUCCUUUACGGAGAAGAUGGCCCUCAAGAACCAGACGCAGGUUCAGCUCGUACGAUACAAGAUCAAGUCCUCUCCACGAUGCUUUUCGCUGCAUUCAUUUCCACCUUGAUUCUGCUCUAUCUAUUUCCUGUUCCUGAUUAAAAAGCGCCAUCAGAGCCUGUAAUAACCAAGUCGACAGAAAACACGGCUGUGCAUAUAUCAGUGCAUAUUGGGAGUAUAAUCCGUAUAUCAAGCCGAAAUGUGACUUUUGUGCUGCCGCGUUUAAUUAUUAUACAUGCAUAUCGAUCUACGAGUUUUUUUGUAAAACUUUUUCCUUUGGUGCUUAUUCCCGGUCGAUUGAGAGCCGACUUUGGAAUUCUCUCUUUUUUGACAAUAGCUUUUUCUAUAUAUCGACGUUCUUGCGUACAUUUAUAUACUUGUAUACACGUGCCAGUGAACUGGUUUUUUUAUAUACGGGGUGUACUUUUUUUAUUACUCAAACUCUCAGAUUUGAGCGAGGAUGAAAAUGCGAUUUUUAUUAACUUACCAUAAUCAAUAUGCCUGAGCGUACUUAUUAUAUCUUUUAUAAGUUUUUACGCGUCUGUUGUUUAUGCGCCCGAAUAGUUUAUAGAUAUGGUAAAGCCCAUGCAGAAUGUAACGGCGUCAGAAAUCGACUUCUAACAUUAUCGCUCGUGUGGCUUUAUCGGCUUUAUAUUAUAUAGUUGGCAAUGUAUAUCUUAUGAUCAGAGCCUACGAUUCAUUGUAAAACGUAGGAAUUUAUGAAAAGGUGCUUAAAUCAAGGGUUGUUUCGAGGUAGCUAUUGCUGAUCGGGGUUUUAAAGGCAGCUUGAGGUGAUUGUAUCGUUUUAUUUGUGCAGUCACUUUCUUUUAUUUGCGAGUGCUAACACAACUUCUAUGACACCUAACGUAUUUAUGAUGAUUCAAAAAGUUAGCUUUUUUCUUCAUAUAAUUCGAAAAAUAUCAUUUUUGCUCGAUAAAGAAAUUGAAAUCAAACGAGUUUUUAAGAAACGAACAAAUCAAAGUAACGUAGAAAUUAGGAUCGUAUAAUGAAUCAUCGUCUAUAAUCCUACCUUUAACAACAUUACCUUGAAGCCAGCUGUGACCGUGUAUAUUUAUUGGAAAAAGUAUAAAAAUUAUAUUUUACUAUUUAAUGAACGUGAUUCGCUGGACGAGAAAUCCUAUCAAUUUUAGAAGGCGGUUUUAAUUUUUAAGAUUUUCUUUCUUGCAUUCAUGAGAGAACAAAACAAAAUGUGCUAUCAUUUUAUUGCAUUUACCCAUUAUUUUAACAUGGAUAGUCGGAGAAUAAUACGAAACGAAAAUAAGAAAGUAACCGUUGAUAAUAUUGAAGUCUGUUUAAACAAUCGAAUACCUUUGUGACUUGAUAGCAAGCCUUCAACAGUUUAAACGUAUAACAAAAAAAAUAUACGGUCUAUUUGAAAUUGGUCAAUCUGUGAUUUCAAUACAGUGUCCAUGUGUCCAUGGGAUUGUUUAAAGGUGUAGAACAUGGUGCUAGGAUCUUUUAGUGUUAUUGUCUUUUCUUCUUGUCUAAACUCUUGAUACAUGUUUUAGUAAUUUAAAACACAUGUAUUCAUUAAUCUGUGUAGAAACUUUUAGAUUAACAAUGUCACUUAGUACGCACAUUUAUGAUAAUUUUGAAAUUCAAAUAGGAUGUAACAAAAGAAAACGGUGCCUACUAUGUGCUAUAACUUUCAGGAACAAAGUAAUCAAUGUGCACUUAAGAAUAUCAUUUAAGAAAAUAUUUUCCCAACUCGCCGAGCUCAAGCUUGGAUGAAACAAAAUGAAAAGUAUUCGACAGUUAAAUCAUCGUACUCUUUUUUUACAUACAUGAAAAAUUAUCAAACUUUAAGUUGAUGAAUUUAACAAACGGGUGUAUCACUAAGCUGAGAAAAAUGUCAGCUUUCUAGUCUUGUUUUUCUGUAUUGUGAGUCUAGUCAUACUACUUUCAAUAUUUUCUUUGUGUCUUCACUCCAUGGUAGUUACUGAUUUAUUAUUUCUAUAGAUCAAACCUGACAAGCCAUAAAAUCCUGAAAUAAAUUUCUUAACCAGUUACCAUUUUAUUUAAAUCAAUGUUUAGACAUUGAUGGUAGUUUUAACGCAACUACUUAUAUUUAGAAAGUAGGUUUACACUAACAAAAAGAAAAGUGAACGAUGAUGUCAAUAUCUUUUGUAAAAGUUGCCAGAUCAAAUGUAUUCCUUAAAUUUAUUUCAUUCCAAAUUAUGCAUUUGUCAGAAUCAAUAUGAUUGGUUUAGAGUGUCUAUGUAUUUACGUCAAAUUGUACAAAUUCCCAUCUUUUGAUUUUACUGAAACCUGGAGCUUUUAAAGUGGUUUUCUUUAAAUAUACUGCAUAUUAUACAAACAGAUGUAACGUCGUACAACUAAGAUGUAUUCAUAUUUACCAGUAUUAGUUUAGUUUUUUCAACGGUAUUUUAAUUAAGUAUUUAUUGUCUUUUUGUAAACACAAAUGCAACUCAAGACUGGAUUCUGAAAACAUAUAUUAUACAACUUUGCAGAAAUAACGUACUUAUAAGUUAUAUUGUAAAUCAGCACCUAUACAAAACUCUUUAAACAAACAUUAAAAAUAUUGAUCAUUCCAUUUCGAAAUAAAGAUGGUUUUGGUUUAUGUGAGAAAGCAUUAAAGAACGUACUAAUAUAUAACAAAAAAAAAUUAGAUAGUAUAUACUAAAGUAAAAAAUUACUCUCUAUAGCGGAUAAAAAAGAUUAUACAAUAAAAACCAUAAUUUUGUAUACGAAAAAUUGCAUAUACAUCAACAUUGAAUAUGGGAAUACAAUCUUUUACCUGCAUCUUUUCUACUUGAUGUAUUACUUAGCGUACAAAAGCUAAAUAGCUUCUACUUAUCUCCUACUUUAUAUACUUUUGUACUGUUUAUUGAAUUUUAAUCUUUGCCUCCAGUUUAAGAUACUAUAUUGAAAGCUUUAAAUUGCGUACAAAAAAGUUGUGUCAACGAUUCUUGGUAAUAGAAAGCUUCCUUAGUUGAUUAUGCUAUUUGCGAACAAAAGCAGCUACUGUUAACUCCUGAUUUUUACUCUGAAUUUUAAUAUAAAACUAUACAAUGCUGUAACAACAUGCCUUUUGUAAUAAAAAUAUUCUUUUCAUAAA